AUGCGCAAUGUGUAUGAAGACCUGACAGACAUGGGUGUCCUGAAGGCAGAGAUGGAGCGUGCACUGGAUGACUACAACCGGACACCAGGCAUGGUGUCCAUGAGACUGGUGCUUUUCCGUGAUGCAAUUGAACACAUAACCCGUAUUGUCCAGGUGAUCAGUCAGCCACGAGGAAACAUGCUGCUGGUGGGCAUUGGAGGCAGUGGGCGCCAGAGCAUGGCACGCCUGGCUUCAUCCAUUUGCGAAUACUACACCUUCCAGAUCGAGGUCUCCAGGCCGUAUCAGAAACAAGAAUUCAGGGAAGAUGUCAAGAAGCUCUACCGUCAGACAGGAGUAGACCUGAAGCCCACUACCUUCCUCUUUGUGGACACCCAGAUAGCAGAUGAGUGCUUCCUGGAGGACAUCAACAACAUCCUCAGCUCUGGGGAAGUGCCCAACCUCUACAAGCCAGAUGAAUUUGAGGAGAUCCAAAACAACAUCAUUGAUGCGGCUUGAAAAGAGGGCAUCCAGGAAAGCCAAGACAGCCUCUUUGCCUACCUCACUGAAGGGGUCUGGAACAACCUGCAUGUUGUGCUGUGCCUGAGCCCCGUGGGUGAUCCUUUCAGGAACUGGAUUCGUCAGUAUCCUGCCCUGGUGAAUUGCAUCACCAUAGACUGGUUCUCUGAAUGGCCCAAGGAAGCACUGCUGGAGGUGGCAGAGAAGUACUUGGAGGGCGAUGACCUGGGAAGCGUGGAGCGGGGAAGUCUGGAUACGAUGCAAAAACAAGUGGCUAAAAUCUUUGUCACCAUGCACUGGUCUGUGGCCAGGUACUCAAAGAAGAUGAUGCUGGAACUUCGGCGCCAUAAUUAUGUCACCCCUACCAACUACCUGGAGCUAGUCUCUGGCUACAAGAAGCUCCUAGCAGAGAAGCGGAAAGAGCUCUCAGACCAAGCCAACAAGCUCUCCAAUGGCCUCUUUAAAAUUGAUGAGACUCGUGAGAAAGUGGAGGUGAUGACGCUGGAGCUGGAGGAGGCUCAGAAGAAGGUUGCAGAAUUUCAGAAGCAGUGUGAGGAAUAUCUGGUCAUCAUUGUCCAGCAGAAGCAAGAGGCUGAUGUGCAGCAGAAGACAGUGACUGCAAACAGUAAGAAGAUUGCUGCCGAGGAGAUCAAGUGCAAAUUAUUGGCCAACAAUGCUCAGAAGGACUUGGAGGAGGCCCUACCUUCUCUGGAGGAGGCCAUGAAGGUAGACGGGUGUGGAGAGCUGUCACAGAGCAGCUCUGGAGAGCAUGGAGAUUGGAAAAGCUACUUUUUUAGACUAUAGGACAUCAUCGGAUGGGUCUCGGUGGCUGCCAAGUCCCUCUGCAUGUGGGUGCGAGCUAUGGAGAUGUAUGGUCGUAUUUACCGAGUGGUAGAGCCCAAGUGUAUUCGGAUGAAUGCUGCCCUGGCCCAGCUGGCAGAGAAGCAGGCUGCCCAGGCCGAGGCCCAAGAGAGGCUCCGGGAGGUGGCUGAGAAACUGGAGAUGCUCAAGAGAGAGUAUGAGGAGAAGCUGGCACAGAAGGAGGAGCUACGCAGAAAGUCAGAAGAGAUGGAGAUCAAGCUGGACCGGGCGGACAAACUGGUGUCGGGCCUGGCUGGAGAGAAGAUCCAGUGGGAAGAAACCCUCAAGGGCCUUGAGGAAGACUUGGGCUACUUGGUGGGUGACUGCCUUGUGGCAGUGGCAUUUCCAUCCUACAUGGGGCCCUUCUUGUCAAAUUACCAGGAAGAGCUUGUUUCUCACAUCUGGAUCAAGCAGAUCCGUGAGCUUCAAGUGCCCUGCUCCCCUUACUUCAUGUGUGACAGCUUCCUCAGCAACCCAACGGUUGUGCGCACAUGGAACAUCCAAGGGCUGCCAUCAGAUAACUUCUCUACAGAGAAUGGAAUCAUUGUCACUCGAGGCAACCGGUGGCCUCUGAUGAUUGACCCCCAGGGCCAGGCCACAAAAUGGAUCAAGAAUAUGGAAUCAAAGAUAGGCCUAAAGAUCAUCGACUUACAGAUGCCCGACUACCUGCGCAUCCUAGAGAUAGCCAUCCGGCAUGGCUCUCCAGUACUGCUGAAGAAUGUGCAAGAGGAGCUUGACCCGACACUGGCCCCCAUCCUCAACAAAUCCGUCACCAGAGUGGGUGGACGCUUGCUGAUAAGGAUUGGGGACAAGGAGGUGGAUUACCACCCUGAAUUCCACUUCUACCUAACCACCAAGCUGUCCAACCCACACUACACUCCAGAAAUCUCCUCCCAGACCACCAUUGUCAACUUUGCUGUCAAAGAGCAGGGACUGGGGUCUCAACUUCUGGGCAUCGUGGUGCGAAGAGAAAGGCCUGAGCUGGAAGAGCAGAAGGACCACCUGGUGCUCAACAUUGCGGCUGGAAAAAGGAAGCUGAAAGAGCUGGAGGACGAGAUCCUGAGGUUGUUGAAUGAAGCAACAGGCUCCCUCUUGGAUGAUGUGCAGCUCGUGAACACUCUGCAGACCUCCAAGAUCACUGCCACUGAGGUCACGGAGCAACUGGAGACCAGUGAGACAACUGAGAUUAAAAUUGACACAGCUCGGGAGGGCUAUCGGCCAUGCCCUCAGAGGGCGUCCAUCCUCUUCUUUGUCCUCAGUGACAUGGGCAGGAUCAACCUCAUGUACCAGUUCUCCCUCGAUGCCUACAUUGACCUGUUCAACCUCAGCAUCACCAAGAGCCACCGGAGUGCCAAGCUGGAUGAGAGAAUCCGCUUCCUCAAUGAAUAUCACACUUACGCGGUCUACAGGUACACCUGCCGGGGCCUCUUUGAACGACACAAGUUGCUCUUCAGCUUCCAGAUGUGUGCCAAAAUCCUGGAAGUCUCUGGCAACCUCAAGAUGGAUGAAUAUAACUUCUUCCUGCGUGGAGGAGUGGUGCUCGACAGGGAAGGGCAGAUGGACAAUCCCUGCACAAGCUGGUUAGCCGAUACCUACUGGGACAACAUCACUGAGCUGGACAAGCUCACCAACUUCCACGGCAUCAUGAACUCUUUUGAGCAAUACCCUCGGGACUGGAACCUAUGGUACACCAGCUCCAAGCCGGAGAAAGCCAUGCUGCCAGGUGAGUGGGAGAACUCCUGCAACCAGAUGCAGUGGAUGCUGAUCGUCUGGUCCUUGUGUCCAGACUGUGUGGCUUUCUGCGUCACAGGAUUCAUAGUCUCCAACUUGGGCUCCCAGUUCAUUGAACCGCCUGUGCUUAACAUGAGUCAGGUGGUGGACAACUCCACAACAAAGACCCCAUUGAUCUUUGUGCUGUCCCCUGGUGUUGAUCCCACGUCCGCCCUCCUUCAGCUGGCAGAGCAGUCGGGCAUGUCCCAGCGCUUCCAUGCCCUCUCGCUGGGCCAGGGCCAGGCACCUAUUGCCACUCGCAUGAUUAAAGAUGGCGUCCGUCAGGGUAACUGGGUCUUCCUGGCCAAUUGUCACCUCUCGGACAAGCUGGUGGAUCAACUGCAGGUAGAGGAGCCGCAUCCGUCCUUCCGCCUGUGGCUCAGCUCAAGCCCCCACCCGAACUUCCCCAUCUCCAUCUUACAAGCUGGCAUGAAGAUGACAACGGAGCCUCCCAUGGGCUUGAAAGCUAAUAUGAAGCGCCUCUACCAACUCAUCACGGAGCCCCAGUUCAACCGCUGCACCAAGCUGACCAAGUACAAGAAGCUACUCUUUGCCCUCUGCUUCUUCCACAGUGUUCUGCUGGAGCACAAGAAGUUCUUGCAGUUGGGCUGGAACAUCAUUUAUGACUUCAAUGAUUCAGACUUUGAGUUCGAAUUUAGCAUGGAUUUUUCUCCUCCCUCCCACGUGUCUGAGAACCUAGAUGAGUACGAGGAGACGCCCUGGGAUGCCCUCAAAUACCUGAUUGCAGGCGUCAAUUACGGGGGCCACAUGACAAGUGACUGGGACCGCCGACUCCUGACCACUUAUAUCAACGACUACUUCUGCGAGCAAAGCAUCGCCACCCCUUUGUACAAACUCUCUGCGCUGGAUGCCUAUUACAUCCCCAAGGAUGGCAACCUGGCCUCUUACAAGGAAUACAUCACUCUACUGCCUGGCAUAGAUGCCCCGGAGGCCUUUGGCCAGCACCCCAAUGCUGAUGUGGCCUCCCAAAUCACAGAAGCCAGAACACUUUUCGAAACCCUGCUUUCUCUACAGCCCCAGACAACACCCACUGGAGUGCCUGGGCAGAGCCGUGAAGAUAAGGUACUGGAGCUCUCAGCUGAUGUGCGCAGUAAGAUCCCAGAGGAGAUUGACUACGAGGGCACCUGCAAGGUCCUCUCCACUGACCCUUCCCCACUGAACGUGGUCUUGCUGCAGGAGAUCCAACGUUACAACUCUUUGCUGCAGGUCAUCAGUUCCUCUCUGAUAGAGCUGGAGAAGGGCAUCCAAGGCCUGGUGGUCAUGUCAACAGACCUUGAGGAGAUCUUCAACUGCAUAUUUGAUGCCCGUGUGCCCCCCAUGUGGGAGAGGGCCUAUCCAUCCCAGAAGCCACUAGCUGCCUGGACCCGGGACCUGGGCCUCCGCGUGGAACAGUUUGCCCGCUGGGCAAAUACCACUCACCCUCCUGUGCUUUUCUGGCUCUCUGGUUUUACGUUUCCUACUGGGUUCCUGACCACUGUGUUGCAAGCUGCCGCUCGCCAGAACAAUAUCUCAGUUGAUACACUCUCUUGGGAAUUCAUUGUCUCCACUGUAGAUGACAACAACCUGGUGUAUCCACCCAAGGAGGGCGUCUGGGUCCGCGGUCUCUACCUGGAGGGUGCCGGCUGGGACAAGAAGAACUCCUGCCUAAUGGAAGCUGAGCCCAUGCAGCUGGUCUGCCCCAUCCCCACCAUCCACUUCAAACCAGUGGAGUACAAGAAGAAGAGCGGCAAAGGGAUGUACUCCUGCCCUUGCUACUAUUACCCUAACCGGGCUGGCACUUCCGGGCGGCCCUCUUUCGUCAUUGGCGUUGACCUGCAGUCUGGAACAAUGACCUCCGACCACUGGAUCAAACGGGGCACUGCCUUGCUGAUGAGUCUGGAUAGCUGAAGAUAAACCUCCCCUUUCUACCAGGAAAAAAACUUUCCUAUUUUCACUUUUCUCUGGUUUAUUUCCUCCUGCUCCCCAUUAUUGUUCUAGUUAAAAUUAAAUAGUU